GUUUCUGGGGAAACCAUUUAGAGUCGACCAUGGCGACGGACGGUGGUGGCCGCGGAGAUCGAAUAGGCAUUUCCAACCAACACAAGUCCAGCCUCGCUUCUCCUGAGAAGGUCCGCGAGCUUCUUAAAGAGGGGAUUUCUGCAGCAGACGUGGACUGCAACAGCAAACAAGGAGACGUAAACGCUGUGGAAGUGAAGAGCAACACCAAUGCACCCUGGGAGGCUACGAACAGCGAAGCUUUCUUCUCCAGAGUGGAAUCAUAUUCAUGUAUGAAAUGGGCGGCCAAGCCACGCAUACUGUCUCCUCUGAUGUGUGCCAGAUACGGUUGGAUCAACGUUGGCUGCGACAUGCUUAAGUGCUCCAGCUGCCAGGCUUUCCUUUGUGCAUCCCUACAACCAACGUUAGACUUUGAGAAAUACAAAACGCGAGUUGCAGAAAUAUCAAGGCAGCUGCAGACCCAGCAUGAAAAGUAUUGUCCUUGGCCUGACUUUCCUUGUCCAGAGCGGCUCUGGUUGGUUCCAGCGUCGGAACCGUCAAGGCUUCUUACGGCCCUUCUGGAGCGCUUCCAGAGCACAUGCGUCCUGGCACAGCAGCUUCCAGCCAUGAGUCCAGAGCUGCUCAAGUCCAUGUCUCUCACAGAGGAUGUUAUCAGCACUGUGCUGCAGUUGAUUGAGGAAGAGCAGAAAAGAAAGGGAGGGAUUCCAUUUUCUGAAUCUUUGGCUGUGCAGGUGUCGGCAUGCAUCGUGUCUCUCUGUGGCUGGGGUGGAAACUCAGCUCUGCAUGCAAUGAGCCUCCCAACCCUCUCCUGCUCCUACUGUAUGCGCAAGGUGGGCUUGUGGAACUUCCAUCAGAUCGAGGCGCUAGGAGGCGACCCAGAGCCCCAGCCUAACGCCGCAGGGCCCUCCGGUCCCACGGCGGGGCCCGCGUCAGCACCUACCGACGUAGAUGUUUUUGGAUCAGUCUCCACCACUCCAGCUCCGACAACUCCGUCUCGCAUGAAGCUCAGAAGCCAGGACUCCACCCGCUCUGACCAGGAUGAAGGCACCUCCUCUCCAGUGGCCUUGCGUGCCCGGAGCAGAGAUUCACCGAGUCCAAGCGAAGAUCUGCCCAGCCCUUUAUCCAGGGGCAAGAGACCCGCCACUCGAAGUCGAGGGCAGGGCUCAGGGUCUGACGGCGCUGCCAGUCUACACCCCCCGAAACGCCUCUGUCUCUCAUCGGCUUGCGGUCCAGGCGGUCCUCUGCCUAAGAAAGCGUUCGACCCCCUCGCUCAACACAGAGACUGGUGCCCCUGGAUUUCAGAGGGCAAGGAGAAUGUGGAUCCAGGGAUAUCGUCAACUUUGGUCACAACUUCAGCAGUCGAUCAGCAGGGCUGGAAAGCUGCUCUCGACCUCCUCAUGCCCACAAAGAAGAACUCCAACGCACAAGGUGGCACACCAGCACAGGGCCCUCGUGACAAGUCCAAACGAGUGUUUGCUAUUUUGCGUCAGUGGCAGGUAUCCACCUCAUCUCAGUAGACCCCUUGGAUCCAAAAGCUGUUGACCUGCCUAUUUUUUUACGUUUUACUUUACAGCAAGAUCCUUCUCAGCAUCAUUUUAUCAAUGUGUCGUUUUUGUUACAGAUAAAGUGUUGCUAGAGGGAAUUUAAUGGAUGUUUUUUUUUUUUCUGUAAACAGUAAAAAAUGAGAAGGAUUCCUUUUGGUGUACAAUGCCUUGCUAUGUAUUCAUACUCCUUGAACCCGUUUACAUUUUGUGGAACUUGUGGUCGUAAUGUGCCAAAUGUAAAAAAAAAAA